AUGCCAAACAAUGAUACUGUGAGUGUGUUUAAUGGAAUCAAUCAAUACUUCACUAUAAACGACAAUGAUUAUUUGGAAAUUGUCCGAACUGGUAUUCUCACUAUAGAAGCAUGGUUGCGGCCUGAUACAUUACAGUUCGACCAUCAGGAAGGAAGUGGUUACGUCUUGUGGAUGGGAAAAGGAGACACAAACGAGCAAAGUUGGGCUGCGAGGAUGUACAGUUAUAAUAACACAGAAGGACGUUUUAAUCGUAUUAGUGGUUAUGCAUUCAACCUAACCGGUGGAUUAGGUGCUGGAGACAAUGGAUUCUCUACACUCUCACUAUUAAUACAGUUAACGUUAGUAGCACUUAUCCAACUGGUUAUACGAAAAUUUUCAAGAACGGGAUCGAGCGCGAUCAAGACUCGUUAUUAGGAUACGGUAUUAUACCACAGAAUGGUACAGCACCAAUGCGCAUUGGAACUCGACAACUACAAUCUUUUUUCAAGGGAGCAAUUGGAAAGGUUGCAGUAUUUGAUUAUGAAUUGGACUCUAGCCAGGUGCAAAUUCAUUUCAACUGUAUGGUCACGAGCACCAACUGUACUGUUCUCUAAAGCAAAAGAUGUCAUACUGAAUUUUUUGGGGUUCUAGAGUUGGAUAAUAUUUUCUGAACCUUUUGAAGUUCUAACAAAAUAUGGUUCUAUCUCGAACUUUCUUUUUUUUCUUGCAAAAGAGGUUCUACUCUGGUCAAAAUCAGCCUAUUCAACACGCAUAGUCUCGUGCUACUGAUUAACUCUAUUUCUAACCGAUUAUUUUUAUCUUAAACAUAUUAUACCUAUAUCUAAUCGCUGAUUUCUAUCUUUAAGCUUUAUUUCUAUCCUUAACCCUUUCAUUUCAUAUCUAAGUCCCUUACACCUAUAUCUGACACCUUAUUUCUAUGCUUAAUCUCUUAACUCUUUAUCUAACCGCUUUCAUAAGACACUUCAUAAGUCUUUUCGCUCAGCUCUUAGAAAAGCCAUAAUUUGAAUGCGACUGUUCUAUCAUAAUGCUGAGACAUAUUUAGCAUUAGUUAUUGAUUCAGAUACUUUUAUUAUUGCUUGCUUGCGAUCUCGAUACCGAGUGUAUCGAUAGUAUGACACCACUUCUUGUUAUUCUUUUAUUUAACAAAAAACCAAGUAACGAUAAAUAACAAACAGAAUAUAACGCUAUUUAUUCAUUAUUGUCAUCUGAACUUUGCAACCUUCCUCCUUCUUUUUCGUUGUCCUCUAUACUCAAAUCAUAUCUGAUCUUUCCUCGGUCAUUUUGUCAUUUUCUUUUACAAUCUGUUUCUUUAAAUAACAGUUUUCAAACACAAUUUGUUCCCAAUGACUCCAGUGUACCAUACAACGAUUCUCUGGUUAAACCAAAAUUAAAAACUUAUCCAAUAAAUUAUGAAAAAAUUCAUUCCAAUGAAGCUGGUAUAAAGAUAGAGUAUAGUUACAAUACUAUGCUGAAAUGACACUUGAUUUUGCUAUUAUUAUCGUCACUCUUUUGCCAAUCAAAUAAAUGUUUUAUGAUUCUACCACUUUAGGACAUAAUAAUUGAAAAAAGCCGUUAAAGAAAGGUGGUAAUUUGAUAAAACAUGCAUUAACUCAGUCAUAUCUUAUUACAACAAAGACGUGCAAAAUCACACAAACAAUGACAAGAAACUAAUUUGAAUGUUAUAAAUAAAUUAGAUUGUGGUCGUGUCAUGCAUAUUCGUCGAAAUCAUGAGAAGAAUGAAAGAUAUGAACUCCAUUUACUCUUAAAGAAGUCCGAAAGCUCAUUCUGAAGAAUUAACGAUCGAAACAAAUAGCAAAAUUUCUAUUCAAGAUUCAAUUCGAUUCUGUUGAGACAGGAUGGAUGUAAGUAGGUAAAGUUAUAUCCACCACUCUCACCCUCAAAUCGUCUAACAUUUCAACAUUAACCAUCUGCGAAAUAAAAUGAAACAUACCUUGAAUCAUACUAUCUUUUAUUAGGAAAGAUAUAGAACAGGCAACGCAAAAAAUUUCGUCAAAGUAUUACGAAUAUUUCUAGAUUAAUUUAUGAAAAAUUUUCUGUCUAAUAUAAUCUUUGAGGAUCAGGAAAAAGAAAAAGUGUCAGCAUUCUUCUUGAAUCUUCGCGUAAAGCUCUUUGUAAUUGUCCAUAUUACGAUUAUAUUCAUCGUCAAUAUGCACUGGAUCCGUAGUGCUAAAGUCACCUCCCCAUCGUAAUCCUUCACUCUUGAUCUCAUCAAUGAAACACUUGACAUCUGUCGGUUGUUCUCCACCAAGACACUUACUAUUACACAAUGUAUAACUCUCUCCAUAGACAACAUUCAUAUCGAUGGCAUGACCAAUUUUGUGAUUACUCAUGUCCGCUGGAGGUACAAUGGCAUCAAGAAUAGUCGAAUCGGGUCGUCGAUACGAACUUGUGAUGUACAGUUUGACAUUGCAACGAGCUGCGACAGUACAGAUAGUAUCCAUUGAUGAACGAAAACCGCUAUCGAUACUGACCGUCUUGCCUCGACUAUCCAAGCAGCUGCUUGAUUCAUAGGUCUCAAUCGGGCACUCUUCCUGUGAGACUGUGACCAAACUGAUACAGAUAAAAAGAAGAAAAUAAGUAUACAUAGUUAAAUUGCCUGUACGAUUGACAAGCGAAGGUCUCCUUUUAUAUUUGACUGAUUUAAUCAAAAGAAUAAUAAAUAUGAAUAAUGCAUGUAUCAGUUCGACAGAAUACAUAAAAACACUUAUCUCCGAUCUCAUGCAGUGCAAGAGCACAGAAGAUUGCAGAAUUAUCAAAAGCAGGUUGAAUGAGUAUAUCAAUCGUCAAAAGAAGCUGAAAUUCAAUGUCGCAUUUGUGCAAGUGGAUAUUUAUCAAGGUAUGUUCGAGGCAAUAAAAAAAGUAAAAGAAUGAUAUGCGCCAAAUUGGAAAGAACGACGCACACUUCGUCACGAGAUGAAUGUUUGCUGCUUACCAGUUGAAAUACUUUUUUGUGUGACAAGUAGAGGGUGUGGGUGUAGGGUGUAAAUUGGUAUGGCUGCGGGUGUGGAUGUGGGAUGUGGCGUGGAUGGAUAUGGCUGUUGGUGCGUGGAUGUAUGGAUGUCGGCGUUGUCUCUCACCAACACCUGUACUCACACCCCACAUCCAUAUACUUUCCGUACUUAGCCAGUCACGUAUACAAUUACUCACUCAACUAUGACCGGAACGUAUUACUUCUAUGAGCUGUUCGACGACUGACUAGGGAACCUUCCAAGGUGCGGGAGCGCUUUUCAAUCGGGGUUUCGUGCAUCUUGUAGCCCGUAGUGAGUUAUGCUUACGGUAAAAAAAGUUCGGGUUUCUGGCUUGUUUCUGAGGAGAUAUCGAGCUCUUAGUGAAUUUUCUCUAUUGUAUGCCUACAGUGGCAGCAAAGCUAUUCUUUCGAAUUUUGACCUGAAACUUUGCCUGCAUAAAGGCC